AUGCCGUUAAUACCUGACUCUAUACAGUCGAUAGGGGUUUUUCAUGUGGAUGACCCUUUCAACCCUAUGCCAGAUCCAGGUGAUGCUGAUCCUGAGACUGUCGCUUUUGCAUUUUUUAUAGGAAUUGCGGUUGUAUUUUCACUGUUAUUGAUUACAUUAGUAUGUACUGCUGCUUAUCUAGUUUGUACCAGCUCUUACGAAGGUGAAUACGAUGAAGAAUUAGCUAAUAAUGGAGAUGGUAGUAGACGUGGUAUCUUGAAUUUCCGACCAUUGUUUGGUAAGAAGAACUCAAAUGGUUUGCUAUUAGAUUCUAAUUUUACUAAUCCAGGCGAAUUUGAUGACAACGAGGAGUUUAUCGAGCGGGAACGUGAAGCGCUAAUAAAGAUGUCACCAUUUGAAGUAGAUUCUUAUAUGAGAGCCAAAGAAUUUCAGAUAGUGUCGCCACCUGCUGUCCAAGAGUUUGGUACGUACCUUGACUCAAAAGAUUUGCAGAUGAUUAAAGAUAGAGGCAUACAGAGCUACUAUUUCAUUCCUAGUAUUAAUGACAAUGUCGAUAAAAGUGGCCAUUUUUUGCCAAGCUUUUUAGUACAAGAUAAAUUAGAGGUAGAAUUUACCAGAUGGAAUAAAAGUUCUUCAGCAGUGCUCAACUAUCCAUUACCAUACAACAAAAAGGAUGCUGUUUAUUUUGAAGUAAAAGUUUACAAUCAUAAACCCAACUCCAAUUCUAUAUUCAGUAUUGGUUUGGUGACUGUUCCUUACCCAUAUUUCAGGAUUCCCGGAAUGUGUAAAUUUUCUAUUGCUUAUGAGUCAACUGGUAAGCUAAGGAUUAAUGACCCAUUCUUUCCUAGCACCUUGCUACCUAAAUUAGUUGAAGGAGAUGUAGUUGGUUUUGGGUAUAGGUUCAAGACAGGUACUAUAUUCAUUACGCACAAUGGUAAGAAAUUGAUGGAUGUUACACAAAAUGUCAGUGUUGAGCUUUUCAUAGCACUAGGCGCAAUGAAUGCUUCAUAUACCCGAACGUACACAAAAGAUGGCUUACUCGAGGAUCCAGACAACAUUGAACUAAGAAAUGCUCUAGCAGAAGGGAGGGAACUCAAACUCAGCAAAGAUAUUCAAAAUCCUCAUAACCCAAUGGAUGAGACAAAAUGGGACAUAAUUGACUCAGAUGAGAUCGAGCUUCAUGUAAAUUUAGGACAAACAGGAUUUGUUUUCAUAGAAGCAAAUGUCAAGAAGUAUGGUUUUGGGAGUGUUUUCGGGGAAAUAGGAAUACCUCCAGCUUAUAAUCCCAAUGAUAUACAAAAAGACAAACUGAUACAAAAAGGGGAAGAACUACCUCCCCAAUAUCCUGAGGAUACAGAGAAUUUUGGGUUAUUUGGUAAUCUAAAAAUUAAGAGUCACAUAAAAAACCCAUUGAAAGAAGUUAGUAGUAAUCCUUCUGCUCCAGAAUUAAUCCAAAAAAAGCUCAAGACACCUAUCGUGAAGACUCCAAAAGUCGGAAUAUAUGAAUUUACCACCCCAAUUGACAGAAAGAGGGAAACGAAUAUGCAGCCAUCAAUAAACCCUCCUGUUUAUGAAAUUAACGAUACUAGACAAUCUUCUCCGGAAAUUACGAAUGAAACGAUAUCAAAUGAAGAAACAGUAUCAAGCUCCUCUAAGGCAGAGCCGGCUUUGCAACAUGGGCAAUCAAAUAAAACACCAAAUAAACGGCAAAAUAAGAAGACGAAGCAAAGAAAAAACAAAAAGAAAGGAAAGAAAAAUAAAUAA